AUGGCUGAAGAUUUCAAGAAGUAUCUGGCGAGUGAGGUGCUGAUUGAGCAACGAACGAUAUCCUACCGCAAUGUCUCCCGAGCCUUGAAAGUGCAUGUCAACGCCGCCAAAUGCAUGCUCUACGAGUUUUACGAGUUUCAAAAUGCGAAGAAACCCCAGUCGGUCUAUGCGACCUACCUUUUGUCGGGGGUCAAGAAGAGACCGACACUUGCCGUGGCCACGAAUGGGACUGCGAAAGGACACAUGACCGACUGCGAUCCAGACGAACACAUUCCCUCCAGCCCGCCCCCAUUCACCAGUUCCAUGCUCGAACCCAGCCAGCAAAGUAGUCAUGUCGAGGAACAGGAGGCAAGGGAAGUGCCCGUACGGACCAUCACGCUGGUCAGAGAAGAGGCCCUGAAAGCGAUCGAGGAAGACUACGAGACCAUCACAUCCAUACACAUCUACAGCCUCUCUCCAGGGAGAUUACAAGAUCUCAUCGCGUUGACCGAUGUCAGUCGUGGUCUAUUCACAAAUGGGCUUGAGGACGAACAUGGCAAGAUAUUUGGGGUGAUUCAGAACCCGGAGGUCCGGCGACGGAAGGGCAAGAGACAAACGGUAUCAGGAGGGCCUGCAUCGAAACCCAAACCCCAACCUCUCAAAGAAGAGACGAAGAAGUCGUCAUUCAGCAACCUAAAACCCACCCCCCAAGGAUCAACUUCUUCUGAUCCGCCUGUGAAACCCGACGAGUCCUCGCGCCCCAGUUCUCGCGACAGCGCCUCAAUCUCCAGCUCCACCAAACAGCCGGCCCCUAGGCGAAGUGCCUCCGACAUCUUCAAAGCCUUCGCCAAGACCGGACCGCGAAAACCAGCACCCACGGCCACUCCCCAGUCCAAUGGCGGAGACCAAGACACGGCCAUGAAUGACGCUGAUGAAGGCGAAUCCGAGGACGAAGCACUUUUCCUCGAUACCGGGACUCGCAAAUCUGCGAUUUCGAACAAACGUCUCAGCGAUGCGAAGAAGGAACGCGAAGACAAGGCGGCAAAGCUACGCAAGAUGAUGGAGUCCGACGACGAAGAGGAGGCUGCAGCGCCGAGCGUGGCAGAGGCAACAGGACUGAAAAACGACGAGCCUCCAGCUGCGAAGAAGGGCACGGACGCCGACACCGACACGAAAGAAGAGGAGGCCGGUGACCAGAUAGCGUGGUCAGACUCCGACACUGAGAGGACACACGCAUCGAAGGACAAGCCCGCACAGGACGCAGACGCAGAUGUAGAUGCUGCUGCAGCCCCCCAACAACGGCGCCGCCGAGGCAAGCGUAAAGUCAUGCAGAAGCGCACGACCAAAGAAGACGGCUACCUCGUGACGCGGGAGGAAGCCGUGUGGGAGAGUUUCAGCGAGGACGAGCCCGAGCCGCCUCCCCCUGCGCGGGCCGUCACGAAGGAAGCGUUCGCGGCGCCCAAGAGUUCGCUCAAGACCCAGAGUCAGAGUCAGAGCCAGAACCAGAAUCAGGCGGGCAAGACCACCGGGCCGGGUGCGAAGAAGAAGGGCGGCGGAGGAGGAGGAGGAGGGAACAUUAUGAGUUUCUUUGGCAAGAAAAAUGCUUAG